GCUCCCUGCCGAGGCGCCGACACGCCCGCCGUGCUCUCUCCGACCGAUCGCCGACCUCCCCGUGUCCGCUCGCGUCUCCUGGAACCAUGCCUCUGGUAAGCCGAAACGCGCGCCCCGGCACCGCAGAGGCCACCGCAGAUUACGGCGACGGCCGCGGUGAGGGCCAGGCUCCCUGCGACUCCGGGUCCCCAACCUCCAUGCUAGCUGCCGACGCCCCCCAGCGCCCUCUGGCGCCAGUUGACCCUCGGGGUGCCGGCGCUUCCCAGGCUGCGCAGGGCGCAAACGACCUCGAGGUCCUGAUCGAUGAGCAGUCCCGACGCUUGGGGGCGCUCCGGGUCCACGACCCGCUAGAGGACAAGUCGAUCGCUUUGGUGAAUUUCAUGCGGAUGAAAAACCAAGCCGAGGGUUUUAUUCGGCAGACAGAGAUGCUGGACUUCCUCAGAGAAUACUCAGAUCAGUUCCCUGAGAUCCUCAGACGAGCCUCAGCCCACCUGGAUCAGGUCUUUGGGUUGAACCUAAGGGUCCUUGAUCCCCAGGCGGACACCUACAACUUAAUCAGCAAACGCGGUCUCCAGACCACUGACGAGACAGCAGAAUCCCUCGAUGUGCCAAAGGCAGGUCUCCUGGCCCUGGUCCUAGGCCAUAUCCUCCUGAAUGGCAACCGGGCAAGAGAGGCCUCCAUUUGGGACGUGCUUCUGAAGGUUAAUGUGCUGGAUGAGCCCCAGAGGAUCAACAGCGUCUUCGGGAACACGAAGAACGUCCUCAUUGCCGACUUGGUGCACAUGCGGUUCUUGGAGUACUGGCCAGUGUAUGGCACGAACCCCCUUGAAUUUGAGUUCUUGUGGGGCUCGAGAGCCCACCGGGAAAUCACAAAGACGGAAGCCCUGAAGUUCGUGGCAGAGGCCCACGACGAGGAACCCUGGAGCUGGCCAGAAAAAUAUAGCAAGGCCCUGGAAGCUGACAAGGCCAAAGAGAGAAGCCAGGCUGCUGGCCUAGAGUUCUGGUCAGAAGACACUAUGACUGAUAAGGCAAAUGACUUGGUUCAGUUGGCCAUUAAUGUCACUGAGGAGUUGCUGCCUAUACAUCAGGAUGAGCUGUUGGCUCACACUGGCAAAGAAUUCGAGGACGUGUUCCCAAAUAUCCUCAGUCGAGCUACUCUAAUCCUUGACUUGUUCUACGGGUUCUCUCUGAUCGAGGUCGACACCAGUGAGCACAUCUACCUCCUCGUCCAGCAACCGGAAUCAGAGGAAGAGCAAAUGUUGCUGGAGAGCCUGGGGAGACCCACUCAAGACUACGUGAUGACGAUCCUGGGUUUGAUCUUCCUGAUGGGCAAUCGUGUCAAAGAGGCCAACAUUUGGAAUUUGCUUUGUCGAUUUGGCAUGGAUGUAGGGAGAAAGCGUGCCAUCACCUGCAAGCUUAUGAGGCAGCGCUACUUGGAAUGCAGGCCACUGUCCUACUCUAAUCCAAUCGAAUGUGAGCUUCUAUGGGGUCCUCGAGCUCACCUUGAAACCACCAAAAUGAAAGCUUUGGAGCACAUGGCCAGGAUUUACAGAAAGCGACCGCAGGACUGGCCAGAGCAAUAUAGGGAGGCUGUUGAAGAUGAGGAGGCCAGAGCCAGAUCCGAGGCAACUGCCACGUUCUUCUUUGGCCCCAUGUGAAUUCUGGGGAAAACGUAUCACUUCGAUUGGACGGCAUCAGUUAAAGGGGCCCUGAGUAAAUGGACAGCGGGGCCCCAAAUCAGAAGUCGAGCAGGGUUGGGGUGGGAAGUCCACAUUGUGCUUGUUAUCUGUGUUCCGUUUCUAAUGGUAUUUUUUCCCUUGUAAUACACCCUUGAAUUAGGUUCUUAAUCAGUGUUUAUGAAUGAAAUUGGUCAUUUGCCAUCCCCUGCCUCAUUUCACUGUCAAAGUAAAGAUUGCUGUGUAAAAACGGAUUGAUAAUACUUACGUCUUCCUAUGAUGUGGAAGAGAACAUUAAGUCGUUCCUUAACCAUUUGAAAUAAUCAGUAAAAUGGUCCGGUACAGGAGUUAAGUAACAAUAGUAAAACACACGUACACAACAAAAACAAACUACCUAUGGUGUAUGACCUCCAUUUGUGUCUACUGUUGUACAAAAAAAAAAAUGAAAAAAAAAUGACUGGCAUUUAACUGUAUUUGCUUUGCUGUUGCAGAGUGUAGUAAAAAAUCAAAACAUCUAUUAAUCA